AUGGAACUGUACGAUGCGAAUUCAUUAACAUUACGUUUAGCAAGAUGUUCUGCAAAACAGGCUUUACGUCGGCCAUUUGCUUAUCGGAAAAAGACGAGUUUAAAAAUGUUGGGAAGGAACGCUAAGUUGUUUUUUGGUGUAUCUGUGGUCGUGCUGAUAGUGGCUGUCCUCCUCGCUUCUUGGGGAUUCCCGAAGAUUGUCCAGAAUCAAAUACAUAAGAAUAUACAGCUCACAAAUACUUCAAAGAUGUUUGACAAAUGGCGCGAGAUGCCAAUACCACUCACCUUCAAAAUAUACGUGUUCAAUGUGACCAACACAGAUGAGGUAAAUGAAGGAGGCAAACCUAUAGUGAAAGAAGUAGGCCCGUAUGUUUACAAAGAAUAUCGAGUAAAAAAAAUACUCGAAUAUGGUCCAAACGACACUAUUAAAUAUAUGUUAAAGAAGACGUUUUAUUUUGACCAAGAAGAGUCAGGAAGCCUCAAACAAGACGAUCAUAUUACUGUCAUAAAUUACUCAUAUCUGGCAGCUAUAUUAUCAGUGCAGGAUAUGAUGCCAUCUGCAACCCCUUUGAUAAAUAAAGCUCUUGUUAAAUUCUUCUCCAACCUAACUGACCCCUUUCUAAGGGUGAAAGCUAAAGAUCUCUUCUUUGAUGGUAUUUUUUUGAAUUGUUCGGGUGACGAUGCUGGACUAAAAUUGGUGUGCGGAAAGAUAAAAAUGGAUAAGACACCGGCGAUGAGGCCGGCAGAGGACGGCAGUGGAUUCUAUUUCUCCAUGUUUUCUCAUCUCAACACAACGGAGACCGGGCCGUACGACGUUAACAUGGGCGUGCAGGAUAUAAAUAAACUGGGUAAUAUAGUUGCUUAUAAAGGAGAGCGUAUCAUGAAACAAUGGGGAGAUGACUAUUGUGGCCAGAUAAAUGGCACAGAUGGCUCAAUAUUUCCGCCCUUCGAAGGAAAUCCACCUAAAAGGUUAUACACUUUCGAACCAGAGACAUGCAGAUCCGUGUUUGCAACUCUGAAAGAAAAGCGGGAAAUUUAUAACAUGAGCACCUACUAUUACGAAAUAGAUAAUAUGCUUUUUUCUUCGAAGAGCGCCAACCCUGAUAAUAAAUGUUUCUGUAAAAAGAACUGGAGUGCCAACCACGACGGUUGUCUCGUGAUGGGUGUAUUAAACUUAAGUCCAUGUAAAGGCGCACCCGCAAUCGUUUCACUGCCACAUUUCUACCUCGCUUCUGAAGAACUCCUCGAAUAUAUUGAAGAAGGAAUCAAACCUGAUCCUGAAAAACAUAGUAGUUUCGUGUACCUUGAAACUAAAACUGGUGUUGUGAUAAAAGGUGUACAACGUUUGCAGUUCAAUAUAGAGCUACGGAACAUAAAAGGAGUACCACAGUUAGAAAAUGUAGAGACAGGAUUAUUUCCUUUCCUGUGGGUUGAAGAGGGUGCAGAAAUAAAUAAAGAACUUCGAGAAGAACUCCAAUCUGCACACAACCUGCUAGCAAUUGUAGAGAUAGUGCGGUGGGCGAUAUUAGGUGUGGCCUUAGUAUUAUGCUUCGCUAGCGCCUUGUAUUUGAGAAACAAAUUAGGUGCAUGGACGAAGUCACAUAAUAGCGUCAGUUUUAUACUACGCCCGGGAACUAGCAUGACUGUUAAUAAAGGU